AUGGCUGAAAGUAACGGAGUGGAGAUUUACUUAACUGAUGUUCAGAAUGCCGUUAAUACAAAAGAGUAUCUGGCACCAUUAUCUAGUCGAGAUGUGAACACCAGAAAGGAAGCCCUUGACAACUUGUAUUCUCUAGUAGAACAACAUUUAGAUGGCUGCGUUAGUUCUGCUGUGGCAUUUAAUAAUAACAACAGUCACAGGUCUGGCACUUUCAAAACCAGACAACAACAAGGGUUCUGUCUGCAGUCGAUUCUGCCUGGAAUCUUGAGGCUGUCCUUGAUGUGUCCGUUUGACGAUGUGAGGGAGAAGAUGUCUGCAUUGUUCUCGGAAAUCAAGGUUCACGGGCGUGGCCUACAGAUCCCCAGAGUCAUCAGUAACGGACCCAGUAAUUUUAUAUCCAAGACUGAG